CUUGUUGACAAAGCAGGUUGUGUACGCACAAAGUCAUACACACUGGGUUUUCCUUGUUCGAGAGACCGCUAGAUUGACAAUACGCUGAACGGGUGACACCUGUCUGUUGAUCAACUCCAGGUUGUGGUUGAACACGUCGCCUGUCCAACUGAAGCCGCACAGAUUUUUACCUAUGAAGGUGUUUUACCGACUUCAUGUUGCGCCCUUGGCUGUUGUCCUGCUUGUGCUGAUGAUAGAAUCCGCAUCAGCGGACAAGAAGCACUGUGAUGGUGGAUGCAAGAUUUCAGCUGGAGGUUUGACAUGCCAAACAUGCAAACACGGUUGCUAUGGAAACCGUUGUUCUCAAAGGUGUCGCCAUUGUGACAGUGCCGGGUGUGACAGACAGACGGGAAGAUGUUACCGAUGUCGCUCUGGCCACUAUGGCGCAGAGUGUCACCGACGGUGCCCCUCGUGCCCUACAAUCAACAAAGGGGAUGCGCACUGCGACAGACACACAGGAGCCUGCAUUAAAACAUGUUCGAGGAGACAGUUCGGAACCCUUUGUAAUAAAAGAUGUUCAUCAACGUGUAAACAUUCCAUGUGUCGCAAACAAAAUGGCCAUUGCUAUCUGGGUUGUAAGGCUCGCUGGAAAGGACUCUACUGCAACGAGACGUGUACCAACACAUGUGUCCGCGGUGUCUGUCACAACGAUGGCGUAUGUAAACAUGGCUGCAUAUCUGGGUUCUAUGGACAGCUCUGUGACAGGAAGUGUCCCCCCGGGCUCAGCUCUGGGUGUGACAGGCUGACUGGCUGCAGUCCAUCCUGCAGUAACGGAACGUGCACGGACGGAUGUGAUGAUGUGAGCACAGCAGGCGGAGAUGAAGAUGACAAACUCAACCGCAAACUACUCAUCGUGGGCGCUGGGAUUGCUGCGAUUACCAUCAUCAUCAUAGGAUUGAUCACUGCAUGCUGCAUUCACAAACACUACCGAAUGGUUAACCUGAAAAGAAAGAAACAGCAUGGUAAAAUAGCGUAUAUGGGGCUUGGGAGUCCAGUGUAUUUGGGUGCGGUCUCAAGGGAAGUUAAACUGAAGCAUUGAAAUGUAAUACGAAGUCAAGAUCAUCUGCUGGAAGUAAGCAAGAUCAUCAACGUCUUUAGCUUGGAUCCGAAACUUCAACCAUUCACAGCUUCUAUAUCUAGGAUCCGAAACAUCAAACAUCUACUACUUCUAUCCGAAAUGUGAAUUCAAGUGGCAUGGAAUGUUUCGACGUGUCCAUAACAUGGAGGAUCUUUAAACACUGGUUUUCAUAGACUGUAUCUAAUUGUUUUAACCUGAUGUCAGUGUGCCUCUUGAAUAUGCCCUGAUAUGGCAAAAUAUCCAGAGAAUGUGCCCUGAAGUGAGCUAAUUAUAGAAAAUACGUUGACAUACAAUAUACUUAAUGAAAACGGAGCCAUCCCGCUAUCGUCUGUAUGCGUGCGUGCAUGCGUGCGUGCGUGCCUGCGUGUGUGUGCGUGUGUGUGUGAUCGUGUGUGUGUUUGUGUGUGCGUGCGUGCGUACAGAUUUAUUCAGUAAUCAGGCCUCCAGCCCAUAAUACAUGUUGACAUAAUGUAGAUCAUACAUGCUUAUAUACUAUGGCGUUAUGUUAAGACAAAUAGUUUUAGAAUACGUUAGAACAGUGAUGAGUUACCUAUAUUCAUAACUUUACAUAGGAAUAGUCCAAUGUGUUUAUAAAGUUCUUGAGGAGUUUGUUGACAUAAGGUUUAAAAACUGUUGAAAUGUGCUAAAGUUGAUUUCACUUUCAGCAAAGCAUUCUCUUCUUGCAGCUCGGUAUCUGUCACAGAUUGACAAUACAUGAUACUCAUCCUCAAUUAGAGUUAAACCUUUGGAGUGGAAAUACACACACACGUUCUUCAUAUGGGAUUUUAGAAUGUCUUCCAGUUUCAACUGCAAGUUUAAAGUUGUUACACCUGGACAUACAUAUUAAUCUUUUAUAAUAAACAGAUAUUUCACAUGAUAAUAAGUAUUUUUCUACAUUAAGGGGGGAUUUGUACUGUGAGUAAUAUUUGCAUUUAGAUGAGAGCUCCAUGGAGAGAUGCCAGUUUUGAGAAAGACAGUCAUACAUCCUCUGUUUAAAUUUCAUCAUCAAUAAUUUGCUAUCACCGCAUUCCUGAUUUAUCCAAAUAAAACCAAAUCCAUAUUGAAACAGGAUAUUCCUGAUGUGUGAUGCCCAUGUGGUUUUACCAGAGUCAUCAAGUGACUUGAGCAUACAAUAGGACUGAUAUGGUAAUCUUUGAGGCUCCAUAUGGAUCACUCUGCACCAGUAACUCACUGCUCUGGACAUAUAAUGAUAUUGAAGCGGCACUCUCCCACAUUCUCCUAGAGCCAUGUUGUUAAAAUAUGACUAUAUUUAUUAAGUUUCAAAUAUCUUUUGCAAAAUCUGUGAUGCACUUGCUCAAUAGUGUUACAGUAGUUAAUUCCCCGUACUUCAGAUCCAUAGCAUAAAAUGGGAGUUAUCAUUGAGUCAAAAAAAUUAAAAACUUCUCCAACAGGAAUAUAUCCAAACUUUGGUUGAAAUUGUUGAAGUGAGAAUAAAGCUUUAAUGGCUUGAGCGGCUAGACAUGUCUGUGUUUUAGUCCAUGAAAGUUUCGUUGUGAAGAGAGUUCCAAGAUAUUUAUAACAACUCACUGUUUCUAUUUGUUCACCUUUAAAAUACCAUUUCUCACAUUUUCUCAGUGGGCCACCAUUCCUAAACACCAUAAUUUUAGUCUUAUUGAGAUUUAUCUUCAUUCCUGUUGAAUAACAAAAUUCUUCUAGUACAUUACUUUUCUGUUGAAGUUGAUUUGUUGAAUCUGACACAGCUGACACGUCAUCUGCAUACAUCAAUGCAAAUAUAUCUUGAAUAUCACUAGUUAUAAAAAAUUUAUUCUUCCACUCUUUUCCUCUGUCCUCACACAAGCAGAAAGUUUGGUGUACAUAGAUGUAAUAAAAGUUAAGAAGUUUCCUCUGAGCCCUACAUCAUGAAGAUUUUGAGAAAGAACAUCAUGAUUUAUAGCGUCAAACGCUUUACUAAAUCUAUGAAGCUGCAGUAAAAUCUCCCUUCUUUCUUCAAAAGAUAUUUUGUUAUCAUUGCUUGCAAAGUGAAAAUAUGGUCCGCUGUUGAAUAUGUAGAUCUAAAUCCGGCUUGCGUGUAUCAUUCAAAGCGCGACAACCCACAAUUGGUCAUAACGUGUUGCGUUGUCGAGCUUUGGUUAAUAUAGUAAAUGUUGCUCCCUUUUUUGUCAGGGCGACAAUGUCCCUGAUAGGAUUCCAUAUGUGUCAAUUCUUGAGAGUCCCGUGUAUUACUGUUUCAUGUAGCAGUUCGAGCAUCCACUACAGCCACACAGCUUUUUGUUUGUGUGUCUGUUGGUUAACGCCGCACUCAGCAAUAUUCCAGCUAUAUGUCGGCGGUCUGUAAAUAAUCGUGUCUGGACCAGCCUGUUACGGCAAGCAUGGGUUGCUUCUAACCCGGAUCUUCACGGGUCGCUACACAGCUAAUGAGGUUGGAAAGUUAAAAGAUGGACUGCUAUGGUUUCUUCCAUAUGUUGCUGGCCCAGAUUAUGAAGAAACAUAAAUUAUUCCUUUAUUAAUAUAUCUUGUUGAAUGUGCAAAUGUAAUAAAUAUUUUCUUUAUUUCCAA